AUGUCCACUCCCUCUCAAUCCGAUACCACCUUUCUUUCUGUUCAUAAUGAAAGUGAAAUGAGAAGACCUUCUCAACAUUGGCUCUCUCAAACUGUGGAUGUUGAAUUUCCCGAUAAGAGUAUUCAUGUCUUUCCAUGUCCAGUCAAAUGUUUUGAUAUUGCAGUAUUAUUAAAGAAACAUAUGCAUAUCAAAACUGAUAUUUAUGCAUUGGAAGUCAAUAAUUUGAUUACUUCAUUGAAUGAAGUGAUUUCUUUUACUCAAGUCAAAGUUAAACCUAUUUUGAGAGAUAGUGUGGAUGGUCAUGCCAUUUUGAGACGUAGUUUAGUAUUUCUUGUUGGAUUGGCUACUCAUUUGGAAUUUCCUGAAUUUUCAAUGACUGUUGAACAUUCUUUGAGAAAUGGUUAUAUGUGCUGUGUGGAAGAUACCAAUGUCACUACUGAACAAUUAGCUAAAAUUGAACACAAAAUGAAAGAUCUUGUGAAUCGAGAUCUUCCCAUUCUCACUCGUUAUGUUUCCUAUGAAACUGCAAUGGAAUUCUUUGAAAAGGUUGUAAAAAGACCUUACACGGCAUCUCUCAUCUCUGCCAACAAUGAUCCUGCUGUUCCCAUUGAUUAUUGUGAUGGUAUUGCUGAACAAUAUUUUGAUUUACAUCACAGAACAUUGGUGGCAAGAACAAGUUUUCUUCAUGAUUGUUUUACAUUGGAGAAAUUCAAUCAUGGAUUUAAAUUACAAUUUCCUGCUGAACCUUAUGAUUUGGGAUUAGAAUUUAAUGAUGAAACAUUGGCGAACUUGUAUUCAGAAUAUAAUAAUUGGGGUAAAAUUACCAAUACGAGAUGUGUGGGUGAUUUGAAUCAACACGUGAAUAAUAAUACCAUUAAAUGGUUUAUGGCAUUGAAUCAUGCAUUGCAUGAUCAAAAGAUUGUCAAGAUUGCAUUGGAUAUUUAUUCGAGACGUGAUAAAGUCAAAUUGAUUUUGGCGGCAGGACCAUCCAGUUCAGGUAAAACUACGUUCGCUAAAAAACUCUCCAUUCAAUUGGAAAUUUUAGGUAUCAAACCAGUGACCAUUUCUGUGGAUGAUUAUUACAAGCCUAAUAAGGAGUGUCCAUUGGAUGAAAAUGGAAAUUAUGAUUUUGAAACCAUUGAUGCCUUGAGAAUUGACUUGUUGAAUGAACAUUUAGAAUCAUUGAUUAAGGGUGAAGAGGUCAUGUCUCCAAUCUUUGAUUUCAAGAAGGGAGUACCCAAAGACAUUGGUCGUAAAAUCAAAUGUCAACCUGGACAAGUCCUAUUAAUGGAAGGUAUUCAUUGUUUGAAUGAUAAAUUAACUCCAAAGAUUCCAAAUGAAAACAAAUUCAAGAUAUUCCUUGCACCACUCACUCAAUUGAAUUUGGAUGAAGUGAAUUUCAUUAGUAACAAUACGACACGACUAUUGAGAAGAAUGGUUCGAGAUUUUAAUUUCAGAGGACAUUCAGUCACUUCCACGUUGGACAUGUGGCCUGCAGUGCGUAAAGCAGAACAUCGAAAUGUGUUUCCUUUCAUGAAGAAUGCAGAUGUAGUGUUUAAUACUUCUCUCGAUUAUGAAUAUUCUGUAUUGAAAGUUUAUGCUAAACCAUUGUUGAGUGCAGUCAGUCCAAAGAGUCCACAUUACAACUCGGCACGAGAAUUGUUAGCCUUUUUACGUUAUUUCCAUGCCAUUCCAGCUGCUUCCAUUCCAAGUGAUUCAUUGUUGCGUGAAUUUAUUGGAGAUUCAUUCUUUGAUUAUGAGUAG